AACAAAAGAGAGGAGCUUAGUUAGGGAGUUGAGAGAGAGAGAGAGAGAGAAAGAUGGAGGAAUCUCAUUACUUCCUGUCUAGAAAGAGAGAGAGAGGAAGACCGUGCAAAUUCAUUAAAAGUUAAUAUUUGCCUUUGUGUUUUUCAAUUCGAGCAGUGGGGUUGGGAGUUUGGUCAGAUCUCCUGCAUUUAGGCGUAGAUCUCAUUUUCGUAUCCUCUCUCUCUUCCGGUGUCUCUCUCAGGACACGAAUUCGCCCUUUCACAUUUGAAUUUCAGUAUGAGCAAUCCUAAUUUGUGGAUUCAUCACCUCUCUUUGUAACCGGAUCGCGUCUCAGAGCUUCACUUGGGUUCAAUCAUGGCUACAAGGAACCGGACCGUCCAAUACAAGAAACACAGAGACGCCCUACGCCCUAUUAGGGUUUCAUCACCUACUUCUUCUGGGGCGCUUGUGAUCGAAUUGGAAAAUGCUUCUCUCUGGAAUCAAAAUCGAUCCUAUGCUCCUCUCAGCACUGAUGAUCCAGGAAAUUCCAGUAGGGGUGCACUUACCAUAGGUCUUCCUCCUGCUUGGGUGGAUAUAUCAGAAGAAAUAGCUGCAAAUAUGCAGCGGGCACGGACAAAAAUGGCGGAGUUAGUCAAGGCUCAUGCAAAGGCUUUGAUGCCAUCUUUUGGAGACAGUAAAGAGGAUCAUCAUACCAUAGAGGCUCUCACUCAAGAGAUAACAAAUUUGUUGAAAAGAUCUGAGAAGAGAUUACAAAAGCUUUCUGCAUCUGGGCCUUCUGAGGAUUCAAAUGUUAGAAAAAAUGUCCAGCGGUCUCUUGCAACUGACCUACAAAAUCUGUCGAUGGAGUUUCGGAAGAAGCAAUCCUCAUACUUAAAGCGCCUACAGCAGCAAAAAGAUGGUCCAGAUGGGGUUGACUUAGAGAUGAAUUUGAAUGGUGGUAAAUCUAGAGUGGAUGACGAUGACCUUAGUGAUUUGGGAUUCAAUGAAUUUCAGCUGUCCAAGCUGAAGAAAAGUGAGGCAUUCACCGCUGAAAGAGAGAGAGAAAUCACCCAAGUUGUGGAGUCUGUGAAUGAGCUUGCUCAAAUCAUGAAGGAUCUCUCUGUCCUGGUGAUUGACCAGGGGACCAUUAUUGACAGGAUUGAUUACAACAUUCAGAAUGUUGCAUCUUCAGUCGAAGAGGGUUUCAAGCAAUUGCAGAAGGCUGAGAGAACUCAGAGAAAAGGUGGCAUGGUGAUGUGCGCAACAGUGCUCAUUUUCAUGUGCUUGUUCAUGUUGGUAUUGUUAAUCAUCAAGGAGAUAUUCUUGUGAUCCGUUGUAUCAAAUGUGUGAGCACUUUAACGUGGAAUCCCAAACCAAGUCCUAGGGCCUUUUGCUCAAGCUGGUGGCCAUUUUCGUGUGCAUACCAUUUAGCAUUGGAAGGAGAAUUGCCGUUGCUAUUUAGCAUGAUUGAGCAAGGAUCUCCGCCCCGAGGGAACAUGUCUUGGAUCUUUUGGCUAGGGACUCCAUGGAGAUUUAGUGAUGCAAUUGAGGGGUGAGGAAUCUAUCAAAGGAAAAAAGAAAAAAAAAUCUGAAGAGAGGAAAAAGAAAAAAAAAACGAAGAAACAGAAUUUGAGGUAUGAUUAUGUAGCAAACUUUUGCAAUUUUGAAGGUGGGUGUCCAUGGAAGGAGGUGUUUCGGUUGUAUCCAUUCUUUCUGCAACUUUUGUGGAAUAAAAUGCAUGCCCUUUAUACCUAAAUAUCUCGCCUCCUGUCGGUUUUGUCUUACGACAAUUGCGUCAUACUUAUCUUUGUCUUUUUUUUUUUUUUUGAAUGUUCACUUGUGAACUUGGUGGCAAUGUAGUCCAGGACCUCUUUGUGGGUCACUUGGAGGUAGUACCACCAUAACCUUCAGCUUAGUCCCACGGCUUUUAUUU